AUGGAAUCGGUAAUUCCACCCGAGACAGAAUGGCAAGACGACGAAUCCGAUCCAGGCCUUGAUGACGACCAGUGCUCGACUAAGUCGAUGACUGCCGACGUUUUGGACUACGAACAUCUACGUGGCAGAAGUUAUCACAGUGAUAUCUUUAGUUCUACUUACUGGGCCCCAAAUGACGAAUUGCAGAGUGAGGCGAUGGGUCUUUGCCACUCCCUGUUUUGCGAGGCUUCUAAUGGAAAGCUCUUCCUCGCCGAGCUUCCAGACAACGCUCAGAAAAUCUUAGAUGUUGGGACUGGGACAGGCGCGUGGGCUAUCGAAGUUGGCGAAACUCAUCCACACGCCCUCGUGGUUGGAAUCGACCUAUCACCGAUUCAGCCUCAAUAUGUUCCGCCGAACGUAGAGUUCCAAAUCGAUGACUUCAACGAACCGUGGACAUUCAAAGACAAUUCUCUCGACUACAUCAACAUGCGGUUCCUGACUGGAUCCGUUCGUGAUUGGGAAUUUUUAGUGGGUGAAGCCUAUCGCUGCCUGAAAGAAGAUGGGAUUCUGGAAAGUUCGGAGCCAUCAUUUCUCAUCGAGAGCGACGACGGCACGGUGGACCAGAGAAGUGCCUGGAAUCAGUGGCACGGAGUCUUCCAAGAAUAUGGGGCCCAGAUUGGACAGACGUUCUCUGUAGUACAAGAGGGCAUACAAAGACGGGCUCUGGAAGAGGCACACUUCAGCGACAUCCAGGAGUUCGACUACAAGGUAUGA